AUGGACGAUGAUGGGCCACCCGGGAGCUCAGGCGCCUCCCGCGGCUAUUGGAAGCAAAAUUUGUACCUUUUACAAGAGAAAGCGCCGAAGCCGAAUGCCGUUCAGUGCCGGCGGCCGGUGCCGAAUAAGCCACGCCAUUUUGGCACCGAAUUUCAUGGGCUAAUUGAUAGAAAUGAGGCAGAAAGGAUGCUUCUAGAAGUCGGCGAGGGGUCGUAUUUGGUUAGAGAGUCGAUUCGAUCGAGAGAUGCGUGCACGCUAUGUAUGGUCUUCGAUGGAAAGGUUAUGAAUUAUAAACUCUACUACGAUGGACAAUUCUAUGUUGGCGAGAAGCGUUUCGAUACGAUGGAUCUUUUGGUGGCCGAUGGCUUGAUUUCCAUGUUUGUGGACCUUCAUGCAGCGGAUUAUAUAAAGCGGAUGGCCGAUGAAGCGAUUUAUGAGGAUAGCCCCUACUCCCGCUACACCAACGCCGCCACCACCUCAGACAUCGUUCGUCGACCGGUGACUCGUGCUCACAAUUUCACCUCGUACACCUUCAAAGCUCCCCAUUAUUGUGAUUAUUGUCGGAAUUUCCUGUGGGGGUUGGUCCAUCAGGGAAUGCGUUGUGAGGACUGCGGAUUCGCCGCUCACAAAAAGUGCUCUGAAAAGACGCUCCACGACUGUGUGCCCGAUUGUAAAUAUGUGAAAAGGAUGUUCGGAGUGGAUAUCACCACUUUGUGCAUGGCUCAUGGCACUGAUAUCCCACCAAUUGUGUCGCUUUGUAUUAACGAGGUGGAGACACGUGGAUUGAAUGUCGAGGGCAUUUAUCGGGUGUCUGGAAGCUACGAUCAUAUGGAGAAGCUGAAACAGCAGUGCGACUCUAAUCAGUUUGUGGAUUUGGCGGCGGUUGCCGACAUCCACACGGUCUGUGGUCUUCUAAAACUCUACUUCCGCCUCCUCCCCCAACAGCUGAUCCCAUUCAGUGUCCAUAAACAGCUUCUAGUCGCUUAUCAGGAGACGAAUCAACGGGCGACACACGAGAGAGAACGAGGGCUGAGGAAGGUGAUGAUGGAGCUGUCAGAUGCCAAUAUUAUCACGCUUGGAGCGGUUUUGGCGCAUUUGAAGAAGGUCGCCGAUCACAGUUCCAAAAACAAAAUGACCGUUGAGAACCUGGCGACGAUCUUCUCGCCGACACUAUUCUGUUCGGGCAGCAUUCCGGCGAUGCCCAACCAUCAGUUGCUCCAUUUUCUCAUCAACAAUCCACGUGUCGUGCCGAAGCAUCGUUAG